ACCCAAUCCUUAUCUCUUUAUCGGCCGAUCGAGUCAUUCAUGCAUACCUACUAGGUAGGUAACAAUAAAUUUAUCACUGUACGACAUCUGUGUCUCAAGCGACCAGUGAAACCCGAAGACAGGUUGUAUAUGUACACAUGAUACAUCGCGACUCGUGAAUGAGUCAUUGAAAACUUGUCUCUGACAUUGCGACUCUUUGCAUCAACGGGAUUGGAGGCCUGCAUCAUCCUUGCAACCACAUAGCCAACAUGGCAGAACCUCAGGAAGAACCUAAGAUCUCAAAGCGCGCUGCUGAGAAAGAGGCCAAGAAGGCAGCAGCAAAAGCUAAGAAGGAGGCGUCCAAGGCUGCCGCUCCGACAGGUCAACCUUCGCGAUCGAAUGAGCCAGUCGAUCCAUUCAAACAAGGAUGGCUGAAGGGAGUCUACAAUGAGAAGCCCGUCAAAAACGUCAUCACUCGAUUUCCACCCGAGCCCAAUGGAUAUCUCCACAUCGGUCACGCAAAAGCAAUCACUGUCAACUUCGGUUUCGCCAAAUCAUAUCAGGGCCAGUGUAAUCUGCGCUUCGACGAUACGAACCCUGCCAAAGAAGAGGAGCAGUUCUUCACAAGCAUCAAGGAUAUGGUAGCGUGGCUCGGGUUUGAGCCGGCGAGGAUCACCUAUAGCUCGGACGAGUUUGACAAAUUGUAUGAGCUGGCCGAACAAUUGAUCGAACGUGGGAAAGGCUAUGUCUGCCGCUGCUCAGCUGCGACCGUCAAAGCAAACCGAGGUGGUCCAGAGCAUGGUCCACGAAGUGUCUGCGAACACUGGUCGGCUGAUGUGGACACCAACCUCGCAGAAUUUCGAAAGAUGAGGGAUGGAGGAUACAAAGCUGGCGAAGCACAUUUGCGGAUGAAGCAAUAUCUGGGAACGAAACCUGAAGAGUAUGAAAUUAAGGACGACGAUUCGGCGGAGACGAAGAAAGAAAAGUUGAGGAUGAAGUCGUUGGCUGAGAACCCUGCCAUGUGGGACGUUGCAGCAUAUCGAGUCAAAGAGAAGAACUACCACCACCGGACAGGUCUGAAAUGGCGUAUAUACCCGACUUAUGAAUUCACCCACUGCAUUUGCGACUCACUGGAAAAUAUUUCGCACAGCAUGUGUACGGUUGAGUUCGAAACUCUCCGGCCGGCUUACAAUUGGCUGUUGGAAGCGUUGGACCACAAGAUAGUCAGUUCUGACGAGAAGGGUCCAAUGCAAAGAGAGUAUGGAAGGUUGAACGUUGAAGGCACAAUUCUCUCGAAGAGACGGAUUGAGAUGCUUGUAAAUGGUACCACAGUUGGUACUACUACACAAGCCCAGCCUAUCGACCAGGUCACGGAGGGCAUAGAUGAGAUCAAACUCGAGGAGGAGGGAGACGAGGAGUUUGACGAUGCCGCAACGGCGACCGCCACAGCCGGAACAGCAGAGGGACGGAGGAUUCCACCGGUGGUACGCAACUGGAACGACCCUCGACUCUUCACGUUAGUAGCUCUGCGACGACGAGGUGUCCCACCGGGUGCACUCAAAAAAUUCGUCUUGGACCUCGGUGUCACCAAAGCCAAUGCCAACACGAUGACGCACAAUCUGGACUCGACAAUCCGAACCUACCUCGAGAGGACCGUACCACGACUGAUGCUUGUAUUGGAUCCGAUCAAGGUUGUGUUUGACAACCUUCCGGACGAUUACAUUGAAGAGCGAGAAGUACCCUUCGACCCGAAGGAUCCCGCCAAAGGCACGCACAAGGUCCCAUUUUCCAAGAUCAUAUACAUCGACCGCGACGACUUCCGCGAGGAAGAUGACCCGGACUUUUUCCGACUGGCGCCUGGCAAGAGUGUCGGCCUGCUCAAUGCCGAGCACCCAAUCCGCUGCACAUCAUUCUCUAAAGACUCUGCCACGGGUAAGGUCAGCGAGAUCCGGGCAGAAUACGGCGCAGAGGUACCGGCUGGCAAAGCUCGUAUCCACUGGGUCGGAGAAUCUGCAGCACAUAAAUCCCCGAUUCCCGCCGAAUGCCGCAUCUUCAAUCCCUUAUUCAAGUCGAGCAAACCCAACGAGUUGGAUUGGAAGAACGGAGGAUACUAUGACAACGUAAACCCAGAGUCGGAAGUCAUCUUCCCCAAUGCCAUGGUGGAAUGUGGUUUCCGCGAGAUCCGCGAUCGGGCACCUUGGCCGAAGGAGGAGGGCGAGGCGACAGGUAUGCAGGACAAGAGCAGUGUGCGCUUUCAGGGUCUCCGAACGGCGUUCUUCAGCGAGGAUCUGGACUCGAGCGAUGACAAGGUCAUUCUGAACCGCAUCGUUAGUUUGAAGGAGGAUACGGGGAAGAAAUAAGCUGGUCUGGGGAAAUGAUUGGGAACGCGUGGCCGGGACGAUCGGGUAACAUUGCCCCGGGCAGUCUGCCUGCGUGGGACGCGCAAUGGUUGCGUUGCUGAAUUUUUGUUCGUGGUCAGAGAGAGCGCGGCGCUGGCGGGAUCGGAGAGGUUGUUUGGUGCGAUUCUAGCUCUUGCAUAGGAAAUGUGACUAUAGUAGUGGUGGUGAAGGUAGCGUCGUGCUAUCAAUCCGAUAGUGGUUUGCAGCUAUGCGUCUGGCUUAUGGGCCACACGUGCAACAUGUGGUAGCUCCUCCCCCUGUAACGAUGCUGCCACAUAUCAUCCAGGGAAAUGAAUUCCAAAAAUGUUGCUAAUCGCCUUGGACGGGAUCUGACGGCAAGCCGAAUGUCUCG